UAAGUUGCCUCACAUAAGUUCAUAUGUCUAGCUGGGCUGGUCAGAAUUCAUUUUAGUGUGAGGCUCACUUUGAAGUAGUUGAUGAUUACUGCAACAUGGAUGUCCUUAGCCAACAACGGAUGAAAACAAUGCUUCUAAUGAUUGUGUGUCUCUCUGGCCUACAUGUGAUAACUGGUACACCAGGGAACCAGUUCAUCGUUGGUUUCAUGGAGAAUGUUGAGUCUAAGUUUCCUCCCAAGCUUGUGAUUGGUGGAAAUCCACACACGUCAUCAAACGUCACAGUCACGUGUCCUGGGCUGAAUUUUAGCCAAUCGUUUGAAGUUUUAAAACUGGAAGCGGUGCGUGUGGAGAUUCCCACGGAAGCAGUGAACAUUGGUACCGAUCACUACAAGAACGGAAUACUGAUUGAUUCAUCAGCCGAUAUUACCGUGUAUGGAUUGAACACGGCGAGUGCAAAUUCCAUGGAUGGAUUCACCGCAUUACCAACAAGAUAUCUGGGCGUGGAAUACCAAGUGAUAUCAACAAAUGUGUCAAAUUUGUUACCAUCCGAUCAAAGGUGGAGCGAGUUUCUUAUUAUUGGAGUGUUUGACAAUACAACAGUUGAAGUGCUGUUGAUGGCGCCAACAUUUUAUCAAAAUGUAAGUUACAACAUCGGUGAAACUCUGAAAAUAAGAGUGUCUCGUUUAGAGACAAUACAACUACAGAGCCAACGAGAUCUGACGGGAACACGCGUGAUUUCAAGCCGGCCAAUUGCUGUGAUGUCCGGCAGCAAGUGCGCCAAUAUCCCAGUCGACAUCGAGGCAUGUGAUCAUUUAGUGGAGUUCAUACCUCCAACCAACAGACUGGGCAGAGAGUUUAUCCUUCCGACCUUCCUCUCCAGAAUGGCCGGGGAUCAGUUUAGACUGAUUGGAUUCGAACCACAGACCGCCGUAACAAUCGCAGCGCCUAGCAUCGGUAAUUUUACUGUACAACUGGGUGCGGGCGAGUUCUACACCUUCGAACUGCACUCACUGGAGAGUGGUUACGUCACUAGUUCUCGACCAAUCAUUGUGGCCCAAUAUUCACAGGGAGCGUUCGCUGAUGGCGGGGUCAAAGGUGACCCUACUAUGCUCCUUGUAACACCCAUUAACCAAUGGCUACGAGCCGGCGACUCGGCAGUGGUUUUCUCAACGUAUGACGUCACUGCCGAUGGGCUCAAACCCGUUCAAAGCUACGUUACCGUGACGUCACGCUGUUCAUUUACUGAGGACAUCAUCGUUGACGGUAGACCACUUUCCGUACCUAAGGAGUUAGUGACGGUGCAUCCUUCUCGCGGUGAGGUUGUCGAUUUCUGUGUGAUGCGCUCCCCGUUGCGUCCGGGGGUGCACGUUAUUUCAGCAGUGAAUUCUGAUGCGGCCUUUGCCGCUUAUGUUUACGGAUUUGGACAACACAUUGCUUACGCUUUUCCUCUAGGAAUAAGCGGACAACCGUUGUCGGAUACAGCACCACCAAAUGCCACAACCUACAGACCCAAUCAGGAACGCAACACGGUGUGUUUGGGGGCAAACACCACGCACUGGACCGUCAUAAGCAUCUUGAUCUUUGCUGUGUGCGUUCUCAUUAUCUGCUCCUUGGUGUUAUGGAGAAAACUCAAGGCGAUUACUGUAGUGAUGCCAAUGCGUACCGACAAGCCCCGUCCCAUUGAUUCGAAUAAAUAA